AUGUCUGGAGAACUGAGAUCCAAGUUUGAUCUAGAGCCUAAUCCUUUUGAAAGGUCAUUCGCUACGAAGGAAUCGUCGUUGUCCUUAAGCACAACCACAGGUCAUCAAUCACGCAAUGAGUCUAGCUCCGAGAUAGAUACCGCUGGUAAUAGCUCAGCGUACUCUACAAAUAAAAACAAUUUGACAUUCACUGGGAUACACGAUCCUCUGGAGCACCAAAACCAUCCGCAACUACAACAACAACAACAACAACAACAACAGCAGCAGCAGCACCACCACCACCACCAACACCAUCCUCAUCUACCUUUGCAGGGACAACAUCCUACAAAAUUGCCAGGGAUCACACCCCCUUUAUUUACGCCUGGUGGACGAAGAUUGCCUCCGUUGGAAGCCACUUCAAAUCCGGGAACACCUACCACAAACUUGUGGAAUAGUUUGUUGAGUGCGUCAAAUAACCCGACCAAUCAGGUGGCCCAGCAAAAUGGCCAGUUUCAUCCUACACAACAAAACUAUAAUCAGUUUGUUUCACGCAAAACCGGAUUAACGCCGAACGAGUCAAAUUUGAGAUCCGGGUUAACUCCAGGGGGUUUAUCAUUUGGAUUUGGUGGUCCGGCGGGGACUGGUUUAUCAACUCCUGGUGGGAUUUUAAAUGGACCAAUAACACCGGGAUUGUCUAGUUUAUUGGGGAUUCCUUCGGGUAAUACUAGUAUGUUGAUGGGAAUGGCUCAGAAUGGACUUCAUAAUUUAGGACCUUCACAAAUGCAGCAAUCACAAUCCACACCGUCACAGCAACAACCGCAACCGCAACCACAACCACAACCACAACCACAACCACAACCGCAACCACAACCGCAACCCCAUCCUAGCUCUUUACAUCAGCAUCAUCCGCAGACAGCAACAUCACCACCAGUGAAUAAUCAACAACUAACAUUGGUUCCCCCUUCGGUUAUACCUGAAAAUCAGAAAUUCCUCCAACAACCUUUGGAACCACUCGUAAUAGCUACGCAAGAACCACUUCCGGUACAGCAAGACCCACUACCUCAACCUCAUGUGCACAUAGAGCCGACUUCUAUUCCAAAUUCACACGCUUCAUCACAUCAAGCAUCGCAUAAUCUGUCGCACAAUCCCUCGCAUGAGGUUUUGCCAACAAUGACCGAUGUCCCUCUUCCCGAGCCAAAUGGUCCUUCAGCAACCAGUGAUCUGACAGAGAAGUCCUCUAUUUCGUCGCAGAAAAAGAAGGGAAAAUCGGCAGGUAUUAGAAAGCCGCGUACUACAAAACCCAAGAAGGCUGCUGUAAAGGCAAAACUGGAACCAGGAAAAGGGGAGACUGUGAAUGGUGAUAACAAGGAAAAAGAUACCGAUGAGGAUCCUAGUGAUGCGGAUGAUGACUCAAAAAACACUGGGUCUAAGCCUGCUGGUGGUAAACGAAAGGAUGCAAAUAACGAGGAAGAGAAGCGCAAAAACUUUCUCGAAAGAAACAGAGUUGCUGCAUCUAAAUGUAGACAGAGAAAGAAACAAUUGAUGCAAAAAAUGGAGGAUGAGUUGGCGUUUUACUCCGAUGGCUAUAGACAAACAAGUGCACAAGUGGCUCAACUACGAACUCAAUUGCAACAUAUGAAAAACAUAUUGAUGGCUCAUAAAGAUUGUCCAGCCUUGGUUCAGUCCUGUGGUGGUGUUGAAAACUUGUCACAUAUAAUCCAAGAAGCAGAUCAGCUUACAGAAAACACUGAAAAAUCCGAAGACCAUGUAACUUCGAUCCCAUCGACUAUUCCAACAACACUACAUUGA